AGAAAUGGAUAGUUUUUCCAAGCCUCAUGCAGUUUGCAUUCCAUUUCCUGCUCAAGGCCAUGUCAACCCCAUGCUAAAACUAGCUAAACUUCUUCAUAAUCGAGGCUUUCACAUAACCUUUGUCCAUUCUGAGUACAAUCACAAGCGUAUGCUGAAAUCCAGAGGGCUAACGGCGCUGGAUGGGCUGCCAGAUUUCCGCUUCGAAACCAUCCCCGAUGGUCUCCCUCCGACUGAUGUUAAUAAUGUUGAUGCAACGCAGGAUAUUCCUUCUCUGUGUUACUCCACCUCCAAGACCUGUUUGAUUCCAUUUCGUAAUCUUCUUUCUAAUCUUAACUCUUCCGGCGAUGUCCCUCCGGUCACUUGUGUUAUCUCCGAUGGUGCCAUGUCGUUCACCCUUGAAGCCUCUGAAGAACUUGGGAUUCCUAACGUGUUAUUUUGGACGACCAGUGCUUGUGGGUUCUUGGGUUAUGCUCAUUAUCGAGAGCUCGUUGAGAAAGGUCUUACACCUUUAAGAGAUGAGAGCUAUCUUACAAAUGGGCAUUUAGAAACAAAAAUAGACUGGAUUCCAGGAAUGAAAAACAUCCGUCUCAGGGACCUGCCGAGCUUCAUCCGAACCACAGAUCCAAACGAUUUCAUGACACAAUUUGCCAUUCAAGAAACACAAAGAGCUACAAAAGCUUCAGCCAUCAUUCUCAACACUUUCGAUGAGUUAGAGCAUGAUGCAGUAAGCGCUCUCUCCUCAAUGUUCCCUCCAAUCUUCACAAUUGGACAUCUGCAAUUACUCCUCCAACACAUCCCUCAGAAGGGCUCGGAAAACAUUUUCACCAAUCUUUGGAAAGAAGAAUCCCAAUGCAUAGAAUGGCUCAACUCCAAGCCGCCAAAUUCUGUAGUCUACGUGAAUUUUGGCAGCAUCACGGUGAUGACGCCGCAACAGAUGGUUGAAUUUGCGUGGGGACUCGCCAACAGUGAGAAAACAUUUCUGUGGAUUAUAAGGCCGGACCUGAUGGAGGGAGAGGCAGCUGUGUUGCCGGCUGAGUUUGUUGAAGCCACAAAAGAAAGAGGCCUAUUGGCGAGUUGGUGCCGACAAGAAGAAGUUUUGAAACAUCCAGCCAUUGGAGGAUUUUUGACUCACAGUGGAUGGAACUCAACGAUUGAAAGCGUUUGCAGUGGAGUACCGAUGGUUUGUUGGCCAUUUUUUGCUGAACAACAAACUAAUUGUAGGUAUGUAUGCAGUGAAUGGGGAAUUGGGAUGGAAAUUGAUAGCAAUGCUAAAAGAGAAGAUGUGGAGAUUAUUGUGAGAACAUUAAUGGAGGAGGAAAAGGGUAAGAUAAUGAAGGAAAACGCAAUGGAGUGGAAGAAAAAAGCUGAAGAGGCUGCUCAGCCCUAUGGUACAUCAUAUCUGAAUUUUGAAAAGCUUGUCAAGGAGGUCCUCUUUCCAUGAAAAAGUUCCGAGAUAAUAGAACUCCCAUUACAACUCGAAUUUUCUUGACAUAUCAUUAAACAAGUUUGUUGGGGAGACCUUUGUUCGUAAUUUGGUGGAGUAUAUAUUCUCCUCUGUUUAUGUUUAACCUUGUUUUUUUUCAUAUGAACGUGGAGUUAGAUUUGAAUUUGAGUUUAAUUCGAAUAUGAAUUAAUUUAAA